UUUUUUUAAGAGGACAUAUUCAGAUUCUUGGCUUGAUUUAGCAAAAGAGCUCUUUAUGCUCCUUCUACUGCUUUUUAAUCCAAUACCCAUUUAUUUUUUUCAGGAUUUUCCCCUUGUAACUGAGGUUUUUCUGUACAUUUCCAUUUACAGAAACAUUCUCUAUCUUGGGGAUACUUUUUUUCCUUCUUUGUCUUCAAUUUUUUAUGUUUUCUUCUACCUUUACAUACAGUACUAGAAGAAAGUAUUAUUUUUCUUCUUCUGCGUUUUCUAUUUACAGGUAUCUGGAUCAUUUCCUAUACAGCAAGAUCUGUGACUGAUUUCUUGUUGAUGGUUUUGGGGAUUUUGCUUGAAGGGUACUCAUCAGUUGGAAGUUUUCUCUUGUUUGGAAAAUGACAAGGCAGAAAAUCCAGAUCAAGAAAAUUGACAAUAACACUGCAAGGCAAGUAACUUUCUCAAAGAGAAGAAGAGGGCUUUUCAAGAAAGCUUAUGAGCUCUCUACUCUUUGUGAUGCUGAGAUUGCUCUCAUAGUCUUUUCUGCAACUGGGAAGCUUUUUGAAUAUGCAAGCUCAAGUAUGAAUCAGGUGAUUGAAAGGCACAGUCUGCAUCCAAAGAACUUUGGCAAGUUGGAUCGACCAGCACUUGAGCUUCAGCUUGAAGAUGGUACUUUUGCCUCAUUGAGCAAGGAAAUAGAAGAGAGGACCCAUGAACUGAGGCAGAUGAAGGGAGAAGAACUCCAAGGAUUGGGCAUAGAAGAGCUUCAACAUUUAGAGAAAUUACUUGAAAGAGGCUUGAAAAGAGUCUUGGAAACAAAGGGUGAUGCAGUUGCAAAUGAAAUCAAUGCCCUCAAAAGCAAGUUUCUUCCCAUUCAUUUCCAGGGAGCUCAAUUGAUGGAAGAGAAUGAGCGACUAAAGAAGCAUAUGAUGAAUGUUCCAGUAGGCAGAAUGCAAUUGUUUGAAGCAGGACAGCCAUCAGAUUCUGUGGUGACCAACAGCAGCAGCUCAGCAGAUCCUGCUCUAGAUUUUAAAGGCUCCUACACUUUCCUUAGACUGGGGUUACCAUUCCCAGAUUGAAUCUGAAGGAUUGAAGUGAUCUUUGAGGGUCAACAAAAUCAAGCAAGCCCAUGAACUUUAUUUAUUUAUUUAUAUUAAAGAUUCUUGUAAUCUUGGUUCCUGUCUACUUCAACAAUUCUGGGAAGCUAGCUGCUGCCUAGUUGGGGAUGCUUGCACCAGCAGAUGAAGUUUUGGAUGCUUGAUUACAUAUGAGUGAUAAGUGUGUAUGCAUAUAGAUAUUAAAUCAAGAAGCUUUCUACCAUUAGGCAAGAGACUUCUUAAUUUUAUACCAAUUAGGGUUUAUGAAUUUGUGCCAAAUGUAAUGUAGGUGUUGUGAAAGCAGAUGAUGAAGUUGUAUCAUGUUAUAAUGUGUAGUUUAAUCAAUACAUUUGUUCAUGUUUCUUCUUCUUUGCAGCAA